CGGCAAAUAUAUUAACCGUUUUUAGUAUUUUUAAUUAUAAAAUUUAUGUGUUAAAGACGAUGCCACAUUUUCUACUAUCAAUUGAUCAAGAGAUAAAUACUUCAUCUCUGCUAGACCUCUACAAUCAGACCAGUAUGAAGGCUAAUUCUGCAACCCCUCUGCGUGUGGCCAGUUCAUUGGUGGGAAUUAAUAGUUUUCUUUUAUUUUUUUAAGCGUUAUUAAUUAACUGAAGACAUGUAAACGGUGAAAUCUUUCAAUAAGUCAGCUAGAGGAUUCUCUGGCUCUUUCUUCACGUUUGAGCUUUUCUUCUCUCUUACUCACGUGGUCCAAAAACAUUGUAGGCAUCCAAUUAUAUAAUUUACCUAUCCAAUAUUGUAUAUCAUAACUUGAAAAAAUAUAUAUUAAUUAGUAUAAACGUGAAUCAUGUUUACUGAUCACUAAAGAUUUUAUUUGAUAGGGCUAAAGCCCAUUAUCCCCUACUAUUUCGUAAUCAGUUUGUUUGGAUAUUUCUCCAAUUGAAGAAAGGUAAAUAAUGUUUAUUGUUCAAUAAAAAAUUUAUUUGGUUGGGGCUUAAACCUAUUAUCCCGACAAUAUUUUGAUAUGUUUCCUUGGAUAUUUCUUCAAUUUAAGCAAUAUUCAAAUGGCCAAUAAGAUCAAAACUAGCACAUACUUUUCUGUCAAUUUCACUAUCCCACAACUUUCCAGGCACAAUAUUGAAGCUUAGAUACAUUCUUUUAAUCGGCUUAUUAUAUCGGUUUGAUAUUGGAUUAGAGUGUUGGAAUCGAAUCACAAGUUGCAAAUUUACUGUAACUAAUCACUUCUUUGUUGAUUCCCCUGCUUCUAUACGAUAAUCCAUUGUCUAUGAUUUGCUGGGUUUUAUUUGAGUUAAUUUUCUAUAAAAAUAUCUAUACACAAUGAAGAAUUGGACAUUGUGGCAGGAAGUAAAUGUCUGACUGUCUGAGGAAGCAAUUAAUAGGAACAAUAGGAGGAAGAUAGUCAAUAUAGAGGGAGAGAUCAAAGAAUAUUUCAAGUAGAAACAAAAAAAUUUACGAUUAUUACCAAUCUAUGUACCCUGAUUUUGUAACAUGAAAUUAUAAACCUGCAUGCAACCACUCCAAAGAAAUAGACAAAAAAAUGGAGGGACUGGAGAGGUUAUGGAGCUUCUAGCCCCCAUCGUCUAGAGAGUGAGAGAUAGAGAGGUCGGCGGUAGAUCUGAUUAUUCUUUAUCAGAGAAGGCGGGUAUCCUGGAGUUGGGGAGGAGAGCAGAAAAUGAUAAGAGAGAGAGUGAGAAGCCCACUACUACCAUUUAUAAAUGAGUUCUCAAGCAGGUUCAGCUGGUCUGCUUUUAAUUUCUCUAGCAUGGUGGCGAAGAAGGACGGGCAAAAGUUAGUUGGGGUCGUAUGGCUAGACCACGAAAAGAGAGUCGUCAGUGGGAUUGCGAGAGCUUGCUGCCUGGAAUAAAGCUUGCACAGUCCGACUAGUAUGGUUGUUUCUGAUGAAGAGUGGGGCUAUCUGGGUUGCUUCGUUUCAGCAAUAUAAGGUGAAAACAAGUAGCAUUUGGACUCUCAAGGUUAGUCCAAGCAGUUCCUAGGUCUGGCGACGUAUUCUUAAGCUACCUUUGGAGGUUCAGCCUAAUGUGCAGGUACGAAAUGGUCAGGUUUUCUGGGCUAACUAUCUUAUGCCAGUUUGUAAGGUUUCUGAUGUAUGGGAGACCUUGCGUAUAAAGUAUAUUGUGGUAGAGUGGGGGAGUCUCAUUUGGAGUAAGUAUAAGAUUAUCCGGAAUAUUUUUUUUGGCUUUGAUGACUAUGGUGGAUGGUAUUGUGACCAAGGAUAAGUUGUUGAAAUGGGGGAAAGUGGUCAAUGGUUUGUGUGUGCUCUGUAAUGCAGAAAUGGAGCCUCGUGAUCAUAUGUUCUUUCGAUGUGUCUAUGCUCGUCGAAUGUUAGCAGAUUUGCAUUUUGGUUCUCUCUGUCGAGACUCUUGGGUAGCCAUAGUUGCACCGGGUAUUCAUAGUUGCAGGCGACCAAUAGCAGAUAGGGUUGAUGGUCUUAUUUGGUGCAUUUAUUGUGCAGGGUUAUGGAAAGAACGUUCUCGUUGCGUUCAUGGUACAUCAGUCAGGAUUGCGGAGGAACUUGUUAGGGAAACUAUUCUUGAUUUGAAUUUUGUGAGUAGGAACAAUGAGUGUCUAGAGGAGGGUUUGAGAGUUGUAGGCCUUGAUCAGGUGUAGAGGUUAAUGUGGGUUGCUUUUUUGUUUGAUUGUAGAAUGUUGAUAUUUCUUUUACAAGGCUGCUCAGUAUAGGCUUUCCUUCGUUGCAUCGGUUCGCCAUUUGUACUUUGCAAAUGGUUUUGGGUAAUGAAAAGUAACUGAUUCAACGGAAAAAAAUGUAUCAUGUCUUCUUUUAAUUCAAAAUAGACCGAGACUAAACACGAACCUUGUUUAUUUGAACUUGAGACCCAGUAUCACCUCCAACCGGUUGAGGACAACUAGUUUUCACCUUGUUACGUUGCAUAUGAUAUAUCAAUGAAGAUAUAGAUACAAAUAAUUAAAUAUCAUAAUAAUUAAAUGUUAAAUAA